CGACCAUUCCGUACUCCUUUAUAUAAACUAAUCACUGAUUGGUUAUACAAUUAAUGAUUAAUGGUUGGAUUUAAUAAUCUAUUCAUUUCAUAAAAACUAUAAUUGAUAAUUAAACACAAUCACUUUGAGAGAAAUAACAUGAAUGAAAAUAGUCAUUUAGAUACUACUCAAAAAUUGAAUAAAAUAAGUAGUGAAUUAUUAUGUCAUGAAGAUAAUCUAAAAUUUGAUAAUGACAAAUAUGAUAAUUUACAGAAAUUUUCAUAUGAAACUUCAUUAUCAUGUACAUCUCCUUCAAUAUCAAUGUCUUCACCAUUAAAGAUAACUACAUCGAAACCAAUGUCUACGACGGUUACAACAAUUUCAAAUAUUAAUACGACAACAUUGAACAAUUCACCUAUAUCAUCAUCAUCAUCUUCUUCUUCAUCUUCCUCAUCAUCAUUAUCAUCAUUAUCACCAUCGUCAUCUUUGUUUAGUUCUAUGAAUUCUUUGAAACGUGCACGUCUGGAUUCAAAUCAAACUGAUAAUAAUAAUAAUAUUGAUAAUAAAUCUCUUUUACCUAAUCAAUUUACAUGUCCAUGUGGUCGAAUAAUGUUAGAUUCAAGUGAAUUUAUGGAACAUGCAUGUCAUUGUCAUGAAUUUAUGAUGACUGCGUCAAAUUUCGCUGAAGUUAUAGCUAAGAAUACAACAAUGGUUAUGUCAUCCGAAUGGAAUAAAUGUUUUCAAUCAGCGAAUUUAAAUAAUUUUUCAAUUAACAGAGUUUACAAUAAUGAUAACAGUAAUGACAAUAAUAUUUUAGUUAAGAAUAAUGUAAACAACAAAGCGAAUUCAAGUUUAUUUCAAUCAGCAUUAGACUUGUCAUUUCGUUCAAAUGAAAUUCCCUCUUCAUCCAUCUCUUCCAUAUCGCCACCAUCCUUUAAUAAUAAUAAUAAUAAUAAUACUGGUAAUAGUAAUAAUAACCACCUAUCACCUAAUGUCAGUUGUCCACAAUGUCCUUUCACAAGUACAGAUAUCUCAGUUUUGUGUAAACAUUUUGAAUUGGAACAUGAUAACGUUGGUCAAUUCACAUGUUCUAAAUGUAAUGAAUCAUAUGAUCAAUUAGUAUAUUAUUUAAAGCAUCAAUUAUUUGAUAACUGUUUAAAUUCAUACGAUUGUUUUGAUCAAUUCUCUUCAUCUGCUACUAUUAGUAAUACUAAUAAUGUGAUUACUACCGACACAUCAUCAUCAUCAGUGAAGACAAUGAUAACAUCAACGAAUACCGAUAGUAUAAUGCCAUCCAGUGAUACUCCUAAUUAUUAUUCAAUAAAAAACAAUCAGGAUCACGAACAAGAUCAUCGUCAUUAUCAGUCCCAACAACAUCAAAAUAAUCAUCGUCAACGUUAUAAUCAUUUAAAACAAAUGCAUCAUCUUUCAAGAAAUCAUUCAUCAUCAUCAUCACCAACAUCAUCACCAUCAAGAAUACGUUCUAGCAAUGAUCAAUAUCAUGAUGUUUCUAUGUUAGAUAAAAAAUUAGUGUGUAAUGCAUGCCAUCAAACUGGUUUUCAACAUACUGGUGAAUUAAUUAAUCAUUUAACUGAAUGUCCAAAAUUUAUAUCAUUCACUGGAAAUAUUGGCAACAUUAUUGGAAGCACUAUAGCUGGUGGUAGUAAUACCACUAAUACAUCUGCCUCCAAUAUCACUGAUACCAUUAGUCGUAGUAACAGUAAUAAUAUGAGUUCUUUGAAUUUACAUAUGAAGAAUACACAAACACCUUCGACAAUUAACCAAUCACAACAGUAUAAUCAUGGAUCAUGUGUAUCCCCAUUAUUGAAUGGAUUAAUUAAUAGUUCAACAUUUGAUUUUGAGAAAAAUCUCAAUGAUUUAUUGAAAUCCUCAUGUGGAUCAUCGACAUUUCAUAACUAUUUAAACAAUAAUAAUAAUCACUUUUCGUCGACAAGUCGUUUUUCAUCUAAUUCAACCCUUUCUGAUAAUAUUGACAGUAGUAAUAAUCAUAAAAAUAUUAAUUUAUGUUCACCUUACCCCUCACAUGGUACAAAUUCACAGAAUUCCUAUUCACAUUUCCUAUCAAAUCUACAAUCUCUUGGUAAAUCAUACUACAAUGAUACAACCAAAUCUUCAUCAUCAACAUUAUCAUUGGAUAAUUCAAUAGAUUCACCAAUGAUUGAAUUAAACCUUAGUAAUAAUGAUACUUACAAUUGUACUACAUCUGUAAAUUCAUUACAUAUGAGCGAAUUCAAUACUAACAGUCAUCCAAAAUCUCUUUAUCAUGGUCAUAUGAAAGAUUUAAAAAUGGAUCAUCACCAUGACCAACAUCAUCGACAAUCACAUCAAUCUCAGCAGAAUAAUUCAGUAAACAACUUACCACCACCAACAACAACAUCCAUUGAAAAUAUAACAGAUUUAUCAAGACCAUUUAAAUGUUGUCAUUGUAUUAAAGCAUUCAAAUCAAAAGCAUUAUUAGAUCAACAUAUGCAUAUACAUUAUCCACCAAAAUAUACAUGUCGUUAUUGUGCUAAAAAAUAUCGUUGGCCACCAGUAUUUUAUCAUCAUCAACGUACAUGUAAAAAACGACCUACAACAUCAACUUCAUGUACAAGCAAUGAUAUAAAUAAUACUACAAUAACUGUUACAAUGUCAACAAACACUGCUCACAAUAAUCAACAUAGUAAUAAUAAUAAUAAUAAUAAUAGUAGUGGUAAUAAUUCAAUGAAACGUAAUCAUCACCAUCAUCAUCAUAACCUUAAUUAUCCAGAUAUUAGAAAGAAUUUCCCAAUUACAUCAGAUUCACUUACAAGUUUACGUUCAAUAAAUUCACAAAUUAAUGAUACAUUCUAUAAUAGUUUAACAUCAUUAAGAAAUUCCAACGGUAAUCUAGGUGGGAAUGAAACAUUUUCAUCAUAUGGACAUUCUUUAUGUUUACCACCAUUUAAUUCAAAUUCAUCAACAAGUUUAAUGGAAUUGUCUAACAAUUCAAAUAUGUUUCAUAAUAACAGUAAUAAUAAUAUCAGUGAUAAUAAUAAUGACGAUGAUGUCAGUUUGAUGCCACCGCCACAUUUAAAUAAUUUUACCGCGUUAGCAGCUGCCGCUGCAGCGGCAGCAGCAAUGAGUAUGCAUUUUCAAAUCCCACCAUUUUCAAAUAUACCACCGCCUCCUUUAGGAUUUACUAAUUCUUUCACAUCAUCAUCUUCAACAGCCACAACAACAGCAACUUCAUUGACGAUGGUAUCACCUUAUCAUCAUUUAAUGAAUACACAAUCAUCUUCAAUAUCAGUCCCGUCUUUACCGACAUCAUCAUCGUCAUCUACACGACUUCAGUUAGGUUCCAAUUUAUUCAAUCAAUCAUUGCCAUCAUUUUCAUCAAUUAAUCGUUCAAAUUUAUUACCACCAUUUACAAAUCAAUCGAUUUUUCAAUCAUCACAUUUUGUACCACCGUUAUUGAUGCCAAACUCAAAUGAAUCAAUUGAUUUUAACUAUUUAAAUGAACCUUCUUCUUUCCAGUCAGAGUUAAAUUUUCCGUUCAAUAGUGUUUUGUCAUCAAUUGCUUCAAAACUAACUACUGCAGUAUCUUCAUCAUCAUCAAUGUCAAGUUUAUCUUCACCAACAAAUAAUAAUCAUGCUUUAGAUGCCACCAAUAUAUUAAAUAAUCUAUUAUGUGUAUGUGGAAUGCGCUUUAAUGAAAUAUCGAGUUAUAUAACACAUAUAUCUAAUUGUAAUCUUUUAAAAAAUUUAGUACAACAAUCAUUUUCAAGUACAUUAACUCAAUCUGAAUUCCCAGUUCUACCAACCACCGCCACCACCACCACCACCACAACAACAACACUGUUAUCAUCUCCAUCAACAUCUCCGUCAUCAUCACCACCACCGCCAAUGAUGACAUCAUAUAAACAAACAUCAUCCAUUUUUCCAUUUGAUACUACAGUUACUUCGAAUAAAUUACGUCAUCAAGAUGUUAAGAAUAUACAAAAUGAUACUGAUCAUGAACGAUCAGAAAAAUAUAAAAAUUCAAUAAUGAACAAUCUAAUAACUUCAAAUAAUAAUAAUUUAUUAAAUGAAAUAAAAUUAACAAAAAAUCAACAAAAAUCAAUAAAAAAUGAAGAAAUCAAUUAUGAAAAUUUAAAAAAAAAUAAUGAAAAAUUUAAUUAUAAUAAAAUCAAUAAUUAUAAUGAUAAUAAUGAAAAUGAUCCAAAUAUUAUUGAUUUAAAUAAAUCCCAAAAUGAACAAAAUGAUAAUAAUAAUAAUCCAUUGAAUGUAUUAGAUCCCCCUACUGAAAAGAAUUCAUUUAUAACAACAAAUACUUCAGGUAUGAAUGAUAUUCAACGUUCUGAAUUACAAGAGUUACCAUGUGAAAUAUCAAAAAAUCAUUUAUCUUCUCCUAUACCAACAUCAUCAUCAUUACAAUUAUCUUCAAGUCCUAUAAUUGAUGUUAUGGAUAAUGAUCGAUUAGAUUAUCAUUUACAACAGAAUAAUUUUAAUAAUAGUCCAGAGAAUAAUAUUCAUUCUAUAUCUACAACAAUAACAACAUUAGGUAAUUCACCAAAAUCAUGUUAUCAUUGUGGUAAAGAGUUUAGUUCACGUUUAUCAUUGAAACAACAUGUAGAAGGUAAACAUAGUACUGAAGGUAAAUAUUGUUGUCCUGGUUGUUCAAAACGUUAUCGUUGGGGUGCAUCAUAUUAUUAUCAUAAAAAAUCAUGUCCAGCUGUUAGAGAACAAAGUCCAGUAUCAAGUGAUAUAGUAAAUCAAUUAUCUUUAUCUGGUUCCGAUGAUAAUUCUUCUUUAUCAUCUAUAAAUUCUCCUAUUUCUUCAUCUAAAAUUAAACCAACUGAUGAAUAUAAUUUAGAAGAAAAAGAUAUAGAGGAAGUAGAAGAAGGAGAAAAAGGAGAGGAGGAUCAAGACUGUGGUAACAAUGAUUAUGAUGAUGAUCCUCAUGUCGAAGAAGAUGUUAAUAAUGAGAAAAAAGAAGGACAGAAAGAUGAAUUCAAAAAUGAUUCAAACAAUUCUUUGAAAUUUCGUAUUUCCCAUAAAAAGUAUUUACGAUCUUCGUCUAGAAACAGUGAUCUCAGCAGAAAUUCUAUGAAAGAAUCUCAUUCUAAUAAAAAUGAUAAUUUGAACAAUACAUCAUCUAUUCAAUCGAAGUUUAUUAAACAUCAAAUUCAAAGUAAACAAAUUUGUCAGACUAUUAAAGAAGAUUCAUUAAUUUGUGAUAUAAAUGCAUUUCCAAGGGAAUUCAAUCUAGGAGGUGAUGAUUGA